AUGCAAGAUAAUACAGCUGCUGUAGAAGAGGAAAACCCCUCAUUUUCGGCCAAGAAAUUGUUGAAUCAUUGGUUGAGAUUCAGUUCAGGUUUACCUGAAACCAACAUAACACUUAAUAGUGAGUUUGAGAGGAUACUGUUGGACUACUCAUGGCAACGUGCCACGCCUGAAACCUUGGAAAUUGGCAGAGGUGGGGUUGGCCCAUUCGCUGCAUCCCUCAAAGAAAAGAUUAACCGAAUGUUUGGUGGAGAGCAUGAACACUUGGAGAGCACAAGGGUGAUCCUGAAGGAUGUCAUUGCUGUUGGUAUCGGUGGCAGCUUCUUAGGUCCUCUUCAAACAGAUCCAAAGGCUAUCGAAACAGCAAGGGGAAGGCAACUGCAUUUAGGAUGGAUGAUUCUGGUCGAAGGUUGUUCUAAUAAUUCGUUUUACCCUGUGUGCAAUCUUGAAAACGUUGAUCCUAUUGAUGUUGCCAGAAAUAUUACAGGGUUAAAUCCAGAAACUACCCUUGGCAAACGUGCAAUAUGCGUAUUAUACAUUAUAGUUAAGCCGGACGGCUAUACUCAGUUUUUAAACCAGUAUAGCCGAACGGCUAUAACAGAAAUGGCGCCGUUCUCCUCGCCUCCAAGACUUCCUAGGGGGCUCAAAUGGCGGCUGAGUCUUGUCGACCGUAACAAGACUCCUAGCACCGCCAAACAAAUCGAAACCAAGCUCCAGUUCGCCGAUCUUCGCCGACAGGGUCCUCCUCCUACUCCUUCUCCCGCUCCAUCUCCAGAGCCAACAAUUUCUCCAUAUCCUGCUUCUCCAGUUCACUCUCCAGCACCAUCACCUGACAGUAAUCAUCUCCCACCAGCACCAUCCAAGGUACCUCCACAUCCUCGUCCAUGUCCAUACCGCGGUUCUGGAAUUCCUCCAAGCUCCUCACCAACUUCUCAUCCUAACCCUACUGUUCCUCCUAGUUAUGCACCUAAUGGUUCCCCUUACUCGCCUUCUGCGAGUCCUUAUACGAGUCCCUCAUCUCAAUUCCUCCAAUUGUCUGUGAGGAAAGUGGAGAGGUGUGUUUGUCUGUAUAUAUAA